AUGUUAACCUGCGCUCCAUUGCAGUUAACUAUGGUCGAACAACAAGAAGAUGCAACGUGGAAGAGAAUUCAACUGAAUACCUUUACUCGAUGGGUUAAGCAGAAGUUAGAACAGGUGGAUAUAACGGUGUCUGAUUUGGAAACCGAUUUUGAAGAAGGCCUAAAAUUAAUACGUUUGGUUGAAGUACUUUCUGGAAAAUCGUUUGGUCGACAUAAUAAAAAAGUUAUAUUUCGCCAUCAAAAACUUGAAAAUAUCUCACUUGCGCUGCAAUUUUUGGAGAAGGAAGAACACAUAAAGCUUAUUAAUAUCGACAGUUCAGCAAUAGCAGACCACAAUCUGAAGCUAAUUUUGGGUCUCGUAUGGACGCUUAUUUUACAUUAUUCCAUUUCAAAACAAGUUUGGGAUCAUCCAAGUGAUGAAUUAGAAAAUGGGGAAAUAUCAGCUAAAGAAAAACUCCUGAGAUGGCUUAGAGCAAAGUUACCAGCCGAACUUUCCGUUACCAAUUUCACGUUCGAUUGGAACGAUGGAAUUCUCCUUGGUGCUUUGGUCGAUUCUUGUGCUCCAGGUUUAGAAGUUGGUUGGCGAAAAUGGUUACCAUCACAGGCUUUGCAAUCAACUCUUACUGCAAUGAGGCUUGCUAGCGAGUAUCUUGGUGUUACUGCACUUAUUGAACCUGAGGAAUUGAUCAGUCCGGCCAUUGAUGAGAAAAGUGUUAUGACUUAUCUUUCACAGUUUCCUGGUGCAAAGUAUACUCCGUCGCUUGGUCGACUUCAUGAUGUUGUGCUGAUGCCAGUAGUUGGAGUCACCACGGUAUUUACACUUCAGACUCGUGAUGCAAUGGUAGUCCCAGAAAUCAUCAUCAUAGGGCCGGAUGAAUCUUUAGUUCGUUAUAUCCAAAAUCAGCUUUCAGAAACGAUUUAUGAAUUCCAAUAUCAACCAGAAAUUCCGGGCGAAUAUGAGAUUAUGGCGACAGUUCGUGACGUUGUAUCCGGUGAUUCCGCUAAGUUGGCAAAAAGGAAAGUUGUAGCUGUUGAAGGGACGAUUUUAGUGGAUGGUUUGAAUAAUGAAGCCGUGGUAGUUGGGCAGAGAAACGAUAUUGUUAUUGAUAUUGGAAACUUGACGCACACGAAGAACGGCCUCGAAGUUACUAUGGAAGAAGUUGGAAAAGUUGAUGGAUCAAAACAUUUGAUAUCUUUGGAACAUGAGCAUAAUUCAAACAUUUACAGAGGCUUCUGGAUAGCAAAAAAAGUGGGAAAAACCAAAAUAUGCAUUUUUUUCGAUGAAAAUUUGGUUCGUGAAUACCUAGUUACUGUUCAACAUGGCGAAGACAUAACUAAAUGCCGAGCGGUUGGUGAGGGACUUGAACGAGCUGUUGUUGGUAUGCCAGCGAAAUUUCUGGUCGACAUGAAGGAUGCUGGAAAGGGUAAAAUGGAAGUAGCAAUCAAAGGCCCUUCAGAAGUGAAAGCAAAUGUCAUAGAUAAUUUGAAUGGCUUGUACACAAUAGAAUACACGCCGGAGACUCCUGGACAAUAUGAAAUAACGGUUUAUUAUGAAGGAAAAAAGCAAAUUUCAGGUUCUCCAUUUAUGGUAAUAGCCGAUUAUGAACGUGAUCCAUCGAAAAUUAUAAUAACGGAAAGUAGUAAUGGUAUAGCCCGAGCUAGAAUACCAAAUUCACUUAUCAUUGAUGCUACGCUCACUGCAUUAGAACCAGUGAGUGCGCGUCUUCCUACUGGCUUCGAACAGCCGAUUGUUGAAGAAAUCAGGCCUCGAGUAUAUCUAGUUACUUUCAUCCCAAGCAUUACGACUAGUGAAACAAUAGCAUUGGAACUUCUGUAUGGGAACGAACUUCUUGGAAAACCGAUGAUUUUUGUUGUCAAGCCAGAAGAGGGAUUAGAAUCCAUGGUAUUGAGAAGUCGUUCCGGUGGUUUUCUCUCGUCAACAGUACAAGUCUCUCACCAGUUUGAAGCCCUGAUCGACGUUACGAAAGCUGGGAAAAUUGAUGAAUUGUUUGCGGAAAUAAAAGGUCCAGAUGGUAAGUUGCAGAAAUUAAUACUCACCGAAAACUGCGAUAAGGGAAUAUACUUAUUGGAUUUCGUACCGGACUUGGCAGGAAUAUAUGUUAUCGUAAUAUACGUCAAUGGGAAACCGUUUUCGAAUCCGUAUAAUUUAACUUCCGUACCCAUGGGCUUGGCAGAUAAAUGCUUCGUGGAAUCAAAAUCACUUGACAAGUUUUGGCGUUCUGGAGAGCCAAAAAUUUUUCUGGUGAAUACUAAGAAUGGAGGAAAAGGAGCAUUAAGCGUUCUUUCUGAUAGGGUUGACUUGGAAACAAAAAUUGAAAAGAAGGAGGAUGGCUUUUAUACUGCAACACUUACGCCACGCACUGAAGGGCAGCAUCGAGUUGUAUUAAUGUAUGGUGGUGUUAAUAUACCUGGCGGAACAUUCGAUUUUGAGUGUGUUCCACCUCUUGAGGGUGACGAGAACAAUAUUUCUGGACGAACUGUGGAAUUUGGAGAUGACGAACAUCUGAUAUCUCAUAGUUUUCGUUUUUCUGUUAUUUCAGAAUAUCAGUUCAGUAAACUUACUGCUUCCGUCAAACUACCAUCUGGUACAAAUGAUAUUGCCUACAUUAACGACAAUAAGGACGGAAGUGUGACGGUGACAUAUCACCCGAAAGAGUGUGGCAGUCAUCUGCUGUCAAUAAAACAUGAUGGCGUUAACAUGUCUGGAAGUCCAAUUUCAUUUUAUGUGAGUGAAGCAGAUGAAGAAUAUGCGACAGUAUAUGGUCCUGGCUUGCUGCAGGCAGUUGUUGAUGAACCAGCGGUAUUUACAGUUUGUGUGAAAGGUUCACCCACUAAAGAUUUGUCCGUCGCUGUUGAAGGUACAGCAAAAGCUAUAAUCAAAUGCCAUGAUAACAAGGACGGUACAUGUUCUGUAGUAUGGAUACCCCCUGUAUCUGGGGAAUACAAAGUUCAUGUCAAGCUUUCUGGAAAACCAAUAAGAAAUUCCCCUUUCAUUGUAUUUGUGACAGAUGAAGGCCAAAAGCGAUCGCAUUUAUCUCUUAAAUCAACGGCAAUAUUGGAGAUCUCAUUUAAUAUUGACAGUGCUGAAAUUGAUGAACUAUCAGGAUCAGUAAAAAGUCCAAGUGGGAUUGAAGAGCCAUGCAUCAUUCGUCAGAUUGAUCACGCCCACAUCGGUAUCUCAUUUUCACCACGUGAAAUGGGUGAACAUUUGAUCACUGUUAAAAAGAAUAAACAAGUUAUACAGCAAUCGAAUUGCCGAGCCGAAGUUAUUAAAAAUCAAACUGGAGAUGCGUCUAAAGUUGUUGUUACUGGAACAGGUAAAGCGAAUGCUAUUUGUCAGCAAGACAAUAGUGUGACAAUCAACAUGGGUGAUGCUGGUUGUGGUGAUUUAUCAGUAUCAAUUCUAGGACCAUCAGAAGCUGAAUUAAGGUGUAUAGAAAAUAAAGAAGGUUUAGCUAAUAUCGUUUAUAGACCUACCGAACCUGGAAUUUAUAUUUUAUCUGUGAAAUUUGCCGGUUCGCAUGUAAAUGAUAGCCCAUUCACAAUUAAUUGUACCGGAAAAGGAAUGGGUGUCGUAAAAGAAAGCGUCAAAAAGGAAGUGAAACAGGCACCAAUAGUUCUACCUGAACAAGAUACUGCUUUGUAUUUGCAACUGGAAAAUGUAUCACCAAUGAACACGAAAGCAAAAGUCGUUGAUCCUAAUGGAUACAGCGAAGAUGUUGAAGUUCGUGAUCUUGGUGACAGCCUUUAUCGGAUUGAAUUCAGACCUGUAGUAGAUGGCCCGCACGCAGUUUCUAUUUUCUACAAAGGACGGCAUGUUUCAGGUAGUCCCUUCCAGUUCACUGUAGGAUAUAUAACAGAAAUGGGUGCACACAGGGUACGAGCAGUAGGAGUUGGGUUGAAACGAGCAGAAGUUAACAGGAAACAGUCUUUCAAUCUUUAUACCCGAGAAGCUGGACGAGGAGAACUUGAAGUAGUGGUAGAGGGACCAUCAAAAGCCGAAUUGCAAUUCCAUGAACAUGAGGAUGGGAACUGUCAUUUCGAUUAUAAAGUUACAAAACCAGGAGAAUACCUUAUAUCAGCCAAAUUCAAUGCUGAACAUAUACCAGACUCACCGUUCAAAAUAUUUGUUACUCCCGCAUCUGGAGAAGCUCGCCGUCUGGAAUUAAUAUCAUUCUCAGAUUCUGGAACGCCAGGUGAAGUAUGUGCUUUUUUGGUAAGUAGAAAUGGUGCGGUAGGUCAUCUGGAAGCGAAGCUUCAUACACCGUGCAACAAGAUUGAAGCAGUCGAUGUCCUCCCAAUUGAUGGAAAUGAUUCAUACUGCAUCCGGUUCAUUCCUUUGGAGACUGGAGACUAUUACGUUGAUGUGACGCUUGAUGGUGCACCUAUGCAUGGCUCACCUUUCCAUUUCCGGAUUGGCACAAAUGGCAAUAGUGAUCCAUCAAUCAUAACAGUGACUGGUGACGGUAUUCGUGGCGGGCAAACUGGUCAGAUCUCUAAAUUUAUUAUCAGUACUUGCAAUGCUGGAACCGGACUUCUUCAAAUUCAGAUUAAUGGACCAUCGAAAGUCACUAUGAAUGCAUGUUAUAAAGUGUUUUACGUUGCAUCAGUGCCUGGACCAUAUUAUGUCACUAUUAAAUAUUCAGGUGUUCAUAUUCCUGGCUCCCCCUUCAAGGUAGUUGUGGAAGGUAAAAAGCUUGGUGAUAGCAAGCCAGACAGUUCAUUAAUCAAGAUUGAUGCGUUCCCUAAAGUCAGAAAGGAAAUAAUUCAACAAGUUCCGGUUUUUUCUGGUGAUGCGGACAGGGUUAUAGUGAAGGGUCCUGGCUUGAAUAAAUUUUUUCCUGGUCAGUCGGCCAUCUUCAACAUUGACACUAGUCUCGCAGGAGACAAUGUUUUGUAUGUUGGUCUAUUCACAUCGAAAGGGCCAUGCGAACAAAUUGCACUGCAAAAUCUUGGUAAUAGCCAUUAUAUGGUCAAGUAUGUUGUUCAGGAAGAGGUCAAAGGUUUUAUUUAUAUAAAGUACGGUGAUGUAAAUGUACCGGGUUCACCGUUCGCUAUUUCAUUUUAAGAAUCUCUUUUAAAUUUCC